GCUGUGUAUGAGUGAGAUUCAGACCAAAAUUAUUAAACAAAUGAUUAAAAUAUUCAGAAAUAAUAGGGCAAGAAGGUCAAUUUCUGGUCACUGCUCAGUCUUAACAGCUGAGAUUUGCGCCUAAACCACACACCACACGUACUAUUCCCAUUAUUAAUUAUUUAAUUACUAAUCAAACCAUAUUUAAAUUAAACUAAUCUCAAAACUCUGAAAACAACAGCACAGAAAACCCUAACCCAGACAAAAAACUUCAACUUAAACCCCCUUUGUUUAUUCUAACUUAAGAUUCAAAUUACACCACCAAGAACCAUCCAUCCAUCUCUCUCUCUCUCUCUCUCUCUCUCUCUCUCUCUCUCUCUCUCUCUCUCUCUCUCUCUCUCUCGUUAAUAUUUACCUAGAGAUCUUCAACCAUAAUAAGAAGCUGCCACUCACUUUCACUCUUUAAUUUCUCCACACUUUAAAACAGGCCCUCUUUCUCACUCUUCAAUUCUCUCACUCUCUCUCUCUAGACUCUCUCUCUCUCUAGAUAAUAAGUGUAGAAGCUGGCUCCACCAUACUGCUUACUUUCUCUGCUCACAACUUCUUGCCAUAGAUAGCUAUUAACAGAUGUCAAACAUUCAUUUCGAUAUUUCAUAGCUCAAUUUCGAUAUUAAUCAUCACCUUUUUUUUCAAUAAAUACAAUUCUGAAAAAUCUCGCCAGCUUUUUCGAUCAUUUUCUCUCUCCUCUGCAUUUCUUUCAUUCUGCUUCAUUCUAAAUAGAAAUACUACUCAAACCCUAAAUUAUAUAUUGAAAACCCUAGUAAAAUUAUUAUUACAACAACAUGGAUUCAAGAUUGGCUAGAACAACAAUGCCGAAGCAACUGCUGCUCAAAGACUACUUGUUGGACGACGUCGGAUCGUGUUCAUCCAACGGCUUCAAAUCGUUCCCCAGGCGGCAGUACUGCUGCACAGCCGCCGUCCGAUUGAUCCACGACAAGCACCACCACAAGAAGAAAUACCUUAUUUCCAACAACAAGCCAUCCUCGUCGAAACCCUCGGCUUUCCUUCAGCGCGUCGUCGCCGCCGUGAAACGCCGCCCCAUCGCCGCCGCAAAGUCGCCGGAGAAGAAAAUUUCCGGCGGCUACUCGUUCCUGCCGCGGAGUUUCUCCAAGAGAAGUGGAUUAAUAUUCUGGAGGAGGAAGCCGUCGUCGGAUGAUCACGAUCGGAAAGAGAUCAGACGGUGGAAAUCGUUUGAUCAGCUUCUUAAGGAGGAUGCUCAGCCGUCGGAUCGGUCCUCCGACAGGUGGUCGGGGGGCGAUUUAACUGUGUCGGAAAAGUGCUCAGGCGGUGAUUCUUAUGCGGAGGUAAAUUUAAAUUCAAUCCAGAAAAGAAACGACGUCGUAAAGAUGGUUACAGAUAAUGGAGUUGGUGUACUAAACGGUGACGUUUCAAUGGACUCAACUACCAGUAGUGCUGAUACCAAUUCAUCCACCACCACACAGCAGAAGCAAUGGUCAAGUGAUGAGAAGGAACAAUUGAGUCCGGUGUCGGUGCUCGAUUGUCCGUUCGAUGACGAGGAUGAAGUCUCCUCCUCCUCUUUCCAACAUAGACUCGCUCGUAUCGAAGGAGUUAAGAAAACACUUAUGAAAAAGAUCCAAAGGUUCGAAUGCCUAGCCAAACUCGAGCCUGUUGACUUAGCCACGCGCUUCGCACUACAAUCGGACUCGGACAAUGAAUCCACAUCAUCAUUUACUACGGAGGACAAAUCCAUGUCCGAUAUCGAAGAACAAGAAGAAGAAAAAGACGAAAACGAGGCCGAAUACAAAGCCCUGAAAUUGCUUCACCAAAUGCCACCUAAUUAUGACAACCUCAAACUUAUAAAUAAUGCAGAGAAAUUGCUUUUGGAUUUCUUUAGAGAGAGAAUUGGGAGUGGUCAAUGUACUUCAUUGGAGGAAGAGCUACUUGAGGAAGCACAAAAUUGGACCAAUGAUAAGAUGCCACGUGGAGUGUUUCUUGAAUGGGGGGUGCAGAAGAAUAGACAAGCUUAUAUUGAAGACAUGGAAAAAUGUGGGGAAUGGAAAACGUUGGAUCAAGAAAAUGGUGACGUGGCUUUAGAGUUGGAUGAUGAGGUUUUUGAUGCACUUUUGAAUGAGGUUUUGUUAGAAUUUGAGGGGGGAUUUGUGGUAGUAUGAGGAUUACUUUGAGGUUGUUUUGGUCAUUUUAUCAUGCUUUCAGAAAAUGGUUAGGAUGGUUAAGAUUGAUUAGGAGGGUAUAUGAGUCGAGUCGGCUCAGCAGACUUGUGAGCUGACUCGACAAAAGCUCGAGCUCGAAUAAAUAGUUCUCUUAAUUUGGGAUCUCGCCUUGAGAUUACUAUUUUCUUUUCUUUUGGAGAAUGAAU